UCCUGAGUACCAUUCUGCCUGUCUACAAAAGAGUUGCAUUUUGCCUUAUAACAUCUAGGCAAAUAAUUUCACUUAAAUUAAUGAAUUCAUUCCUGCCCCAGGAAACUUUGCUGCAGAAGGAGUGAGUCAUCAUCAUUGCAUUUCCACAAUCCCUUCAUGUCUCUUCAGAGCAGUUUUCCAUAGUGCUGCUUCUGUGGGGGGUGUUUGCUUGGACCAAGGAGACCAUUGCUCUCAGAAACAAAACUAUUCAUGUGAGAUAAGCAGAGAAUUCAUGUGAGAUUCUCAAGAAUGAGAAUAUAGUCUUGGUUUCCAGAUCUUUCACUAGAGGCCUCUCUCCAGAGUCAGAACAGACAGAAGUCAAAAACAGCAGGUUUCCUGAGAGCAGCAGAAAAUGAUUGAGUCACAGAUAUCGUUUGAGGAUGUGGCUGUGGACUUCACAUGGGAGGAGUGGCAGCUGCUUAACCCCACUCAGAGGAGCCUGUACAGAGACGUAAUGCUGGAGAACUACAGCAGCCUGCUCUUCCUGGGUUAUCAAAUCAUUAAACCUGAUGCCGUUUUCAAGCUAGACCAAGAGGAGUCAUGGACAGUAUAUGAARAAACCCUACACCAGAACGUUUCAGAAAUCUGGCUAGACAGUGAUUCUAAAAUAUGGCAUCAAGAUAAUCAAGACAAGCUUAAAAGUAUGGAGAAAGAUCAUGGAUGUGAUGUUUUGGGGAAACUAUUUAAUUCAAGCAUGAACUUUGUUCACUUAGGAAUGAGACUCCAUAAAUGUGGCAGAGGUGAAAAAAGUUUGAAACAUCCUUUUGAUUUUCUUAUUCCAAAAAAUAACUGUGGCAAAAAGAAAUUUGAUGAGCUCAGCAAGGAGUUACUGUUUUGUGUGAAAUCCGACAGAGCCUGUGGAGAGGUACAAUACUGUGAUGACAAGAAACACAGAAGAACCAGCAGCAACGAGGCUUGUGGGACACACACGGGAGUCUGCUUGUGCUUGGAGUGUGGCAGAGUUUUCCACAGGAAGUCACAGCUGACCAUUCACCAGAGAACUCACACAGGAGAGAAGCCCUAUCUUUGCAGUGAGUGUGGGAAGGCCUUCUCACAGAAGUCCUUGCUCACUGUGCACCAGCGGACACAUUCAGGGGAAAGGCCCUACGGGUGUGGCGAGUGUCAGAAGGCUUUCAGCAGGAAGUCCCUGCUCAUGCUACAUCAGAGAACUCACACUGGAGAGAAGCCCUACGGGUGCAGUGAGUGUGGGAAGGCCUUCAGCAGGAAGUCCCAGCUCAAAAGGCAUCAGAUGGCUCAUGCAGUAGAGAAGCCCUAUAGCUGCAGUGACUGUGGGAAGGCUUUCUCCCAGAAAGUGAAGCUCAUCACACAUCAGAGGGUGCACACAGGAGAGAAACCUUAUAAAUGCAGUGAUUGUGGGAAAGCUUUCUUUUGGAGGUCUCAGCUCAUUACUCAUCAGAGGUCUCAUACUGGCAAGAAACCUUAUGUGUGUAGUGAGUGUAAAAAAGCCUUCAGCAGGAACUCACUCCUCAUUAGGCAUCAGAGAAUUCACACAGGAGAGAAGCCCUAUGCAUGCAGGGAAUGUGGUGAAGCUUUCAUCCGAAAGCCGCAGCUUAUCAASCAUCAGAUAAUCCACACGGGGGAGAAGAGCCAUCGAUGCCACGAUUGUGAAGAGGCCUUCUUCAAGAAGUCAGAGCUGAUGCGGCAUCAGAAAGUUCACUCUGGAGAGAAGCCCUAUGGCUGCGUGGAAUGUGGGAAGACCUUCUUUGGAAAGUCGCAGCUCCUAACCCACCAGAGAACUCACACUGGUGAGAAACCAUUUGGCUGCAGUGAGUGUGGGAAGGCCUUCACCCAGAAGUCAAGCCUGAUAUCGCAUCAGAGAACACACACUGGUGAGAAGCCCUACAAAUGCAGUGAGUGUGGGAAGGCCUUCAGCGAGAAGUCCAGUCUCACUCACCAUCAGAGAACCCACACUGGAGAGAGGCCCUUUGAAUGCAGUGAGUGCAGGAAAGCGUUUGCCUGGAAGCCACAACUGCUCAGGCACCAGAGGAUCCACACGGGGGAAAAGCCCUAUGAAUGCAGCGAAUGUGGGAAAGCCUUUGUUCAGAAGGUGCAGCUCAUUAAACAUCAGAGAAACCACACAGGAGAGAAAACCCAUGGGUGCAGUGAUUGUGCAAAAGCUUUCUUUGAGAAAGCACAGCUCAUCAUCCAUCAGCGAAUUCACACAGGAGAGAGACCCUAUGAGUGUGCCGAAUGUGGGAAAUCAUUCACCAGAAAGUCCCAUCUCAUGAGGCACCAGAGGAGCCACACAGCAGGCAGAGGCUGUGCACGCAGCGAGUGUGGUGGCAGCUUUAGCAGCAGGUUGCAGCUCACAUUGCACCAGAAAGACCACGCAGAACCAACGCCAUGUGAGUGCAGCAAGGGCCAACCCCUGCCUGCUGUCAGAUGUCCCCACUGAGGACAUGUAGGAGAGACUCCUGUUGAGAUAGCAGCUGCUGGAAACAUGCUAGCAGGGAGUUGAGUCACGAGAGCUUUCUAGUGUUUGAAAAGCAGAUGUUGUGCAAAAGCCUUCUCCCAAAAGAUUCCCUGG